ACGUAAAGAAGGCCACGCACGGCAAGAAGGGCCGCGUCAAGCAGAACCUGGAGAGGGAGUGUGAGCACUGCGGACGCAAGUUCACUCAGCUCAGAGAGUAUCGCCGUCACAUGAACAACCACCAGGGAGUAAAGCCCUUUGAGUGUCUAACGUGUGGUGUGGCGUGGGCCGAUGCCCGGUCGCUGAAGCGUCACGUGCGAACGCACACGGGAGAGCGUCCGUACGUGUGCCCCGUGUGCCAGGAGGCUCACAUUGACGCGCGCACGCUACGCAAGCACAUGACCAAGCUGCAUGGCGACUACCUGCCCGGCAAGAUCAUGCUGGAGAAGGACACGCUGCAGUUCCACAACCAGGGCACACAGGUGGAACACGCCGUCAGCCUCCUGGCCCCGGAGCUGCCCCCGGAGCUCCGGCCCGCGGAGCCCGCCGGCGGCACCGAGGAGAUCGAGACCGUGCUCAUCACCGAGGAGACGGUGGAGGCCAUGGAGGCGGCGCAGUCCGUGGAGGAUGGCGGUACGCCUGCUGGCGUGGCGACGCUGUCGGACAGGAGUAUCAUGCAGGUGGUGAACUACGUGCUGGCCCAGCAGGCCGGGACCAAGCUGGAUGACUCCCCCGACGUCAUCCAGACCAUGGAGGUGGAGGUGGCCCACGUGGCUGAGGUGGAGUGACCUGACCUGGAGGGCAGCUCUCCGGGUGGGGGCGCAGGGGAGGGGACGUGUGAUCGGGACAAGAGAGACCACACUGUGGAUGGACGGAUGGAUGGAGGGACGGAUGGAUGGAUGGAUGGAUGGAGGAAGGAAGGAAGGAAGGAAUGAAUGAAUGAAUAGACAGUGAGCUCUGAGGUCACACAGCAUCAGCUGACAUGUCAGUCGGUUCUGUAGAGCCAGUAACUACCCAUCCAUUUCAUACGCUGUCCGCAGGUUGCUACCAGAAUGUAGAAAAACAACUUUUUUUUGUGAAUUUGUAUUCUGAAUUGUACAGGGAUUGUAACAAAGCAGGCUUUUACUUUUCAGACCUCUCCUCUUACCCGGUCAGUAUAAACCUGCGCUGUGUGAGUGAACAAGCGAGUGAAUGAAUGCUUGUAAAAGUCUUUAUGUACAGUAUGUGUAUAGUAAUAUUUUGAAUGAAGUGUCGCAUUUGAAAAUAAUAUUCUUUUCAACAAUAGAGCACAGGGUAUAAAAACGGAUUUAGAAAACCCUAUGUAAAUUGUCAAUUUGUUGCCAUUUGGUUGGAUUUCUAUGCAUCAAAUGUGUGCGUGUUCUUCCGUGUUUUUUUUGUUGGGUUUGAGGAAAGGCCAUAAACCCCCCGCUGUAGCACUGGAGAAGGCCCCUGUGUGCAAGCAUGGCUCAGCACACUAGCACCCGUAUGUGUAUAUAACUGAGAGAAGACAAAUAGCCAAAAUAAAGCACUAUGUCUGCAGGGAGGCUA